AUGACUACCGCGCACGCAUAUCGAGCAAGCAAGCGGGCGAGCGAGCGAGCUAGAGUUGGUAGAAUACAGUGGCUGCUAGUGUUGACUUUUGAAUUGCAGCGGCAACUUUUUCGGACAAAAGACGCAAACGAGUGGGUGCGUGUCGUCACCACCGGAUGCGUCCAAGCGACGAGCCAGCAAGGUCGUACGGAAGACGCGCAGUUGUACGUAGGACAGACGAAUGCCUCCACUUCGAAUCGGAAGUCAGCUGAAAUCUUUGAUUAUCCGAUAAUCGUCUCCUUCGUGUCGCGAUGUAUCUAUCUCAUUCUAUUCAUAUCUAUCUAUCUAUCUAUCUGUCUCCGGCCUGGGUAUGAGGAUAAACUACAUCCGCGUCCUGGGUUGAUAUGCCGUAAAACAAACCAAACCAAUCUAUCUAUCUAUCUAUCUAUCUAUCUAUCUAUCUAUCUAUCUAUCUAUCUAUCUCAUUCUUUUUUUUUCUUGUUUCUUUCUUUCUGUCUCUCUUUCUUUCCCGUUCAAGCUUCUUACAAGCCUUGCGCUGAAACCACCCUAGCAUGGAGGGGUGAAGGAGGGUGGCGCCUCCUACUACUUCUUUAUUUCCUACCUCCCACCUUAUAUCGCGAUCACUCACUCUCAUUUUUCUCAUCUUCCUCCUCUGCUCUUCCUUCUUUCUCCCUUGCCAUAUUCUUUUGUCUUUCUCUCUCGACCUGCAGUUUCUUUCUUUCUUUCUUUCUUUCUUUCUUUCUUUCUUUCUUUCUUUCUUUUACUUGUCUUUUAUUUCUUUUUUCUGUUAAUUUAUCUUUCUUUCUAAUAUUUCUUUUAUCUUUCUUUCUUUUCCCCUCCUGUCUCCUAUCUCUCUCUCUCUUUUUCCUCUCUUUUAUCUUUCUACUCGUCAGUUUUCCUCCCUUGAGAGUUAAUCCCUCAUACCACUACCAAGACACUCCUCCCCUUUACAAAAAAUAUCCCUCUCUUUUUAUUCCUUUACUCUCGUUUUUUGUUUCCUCCUACUUACUCUCAUUCCAUAUUCUUUUUCUAUCGACUCGAUACUGCCACUAUCUCUUAACAGGCCAAGCAUCAUGA